AUGAGACACGGGGAUCGAGGAAAAGUAUCAUGUGGUGUGAGAAAACGGAAUAGGGGUAGUAGGAGAGGACAUGGUAAUGGAAAAGAAGUACGACUACUACACUCCCGUAACCAGCAUGGAGAAGGUGAAUAUGAAGAACAAUCAUAUGAUCCUUUAGCAAGUGUGUAUCGUUUCAUCCUUGGGAUAGUGAAAAUCAGCCAUCCAGAGGGUGGAACAAUCCAAGAUUCUGAUUUUGACAGGGAUUUGGGGGUAGAUUUUGAUCAAUAUCGAGUACCACGGGCUGGGUUAGAGCGAUGGCUCAUUGGUGCCCCUCCUGAAACAGAAGAGAAAGAGUUGCUCACUUUGUGA